CUUCUCUUCGACGCCUUCGUUGCGCUCGUCUCCUGUCCAUCACUUCAUACCCACCUCAUCCGCAGAGUAUUGCCGCAAGCAUCGUCUCGCCUUACCUUCUACUUCUUCAGCGCUGCUAUUCGCGCCAACUCUACCCGUCCUAGCCUGCUCCACCUCCUCAUUCGGGGCGCAGGUGCACUUGGCGGGCUCGUCGCUCUGCCGCCCUGCCCUCGGUGAUGCUACCGAGUACAUAUCGACGAGUACCGACAGGGGAAGGUGGUCUAUCCCCUGGGGCUAGCGGCAAUGACUCUUCGCGCAAUGCCAGAGUCCUGAUCACUUCUUCAUUGAGCCGCAUCGUUGCUCGUCUAGAACGAACAAGGGUGGUAAUGAUCGCAAUCGUCAUCUUCCUGGUCUUCGUCUUUGGCUUGUCAAUCACUGAGCCUACAACAGCUGAUGGAAAUUAUGCUUCGCGCCUUAAGCCAGGCUUCCUUAGCAAGAACAAAGGCCAGAGCAUCUCCGGCGGCCAGUGGAAUGCCCAGCGCUUCGACGCAGAUGGCUGGGUCAAAGGCAGUGGACGGGAGAAUCUCACGUAUGACUCGCCUUUCAACAGAGACGACUAUUCUCUGACCGAAGACGAGUGUGAUGCAUUCUUCCCAGGACUGUACAAGGAGAUUGACCGCAGCGUUCAGCACUACUCGACAGUAGAAGUGUUCGACAAGGAGUACCUCGACUUCACCUGCGAUGACGGCAUCUGGUCGAAUGCGAGGGUCAUCGUAUACGAGAAUGAAGUCUACCUAAAGCACUACCGCCAAUCAGACUUCACCCGCUCGCAAUCCGCAUUGAAUCUGCUGCACCUUGCCGUGACCACCUCAAGGGAGAAGCUGCCGAACAUCGAAUUCUGCGUGAACAUGAUGGACUGGGGGUCGAGAGGAAAGUUCGGACUGGACCGAGGCCCGGACCAGCGAGAUGUUUGGUUGAUGCCAGAUUAUGGAUGGUUCGCCUGGCCCGAACAUGUGGGCUCGUACAAAGACUAUCGCAGAAGAUCUGCAAAGGUGGAAAAGGAAGUGGGUUGGGCGGGCAAGGUCCCCAAGCUGUUUUGGCGCGGUUCGAUGAAGGUGGGGACUGCUGACAGAGAGUCUAUGAAGCAGAUGGCAGAUGGUCACAGCUGGAACGAUGUACAAGAGGUGGUCUGGUCUGAAGGUGCAACCAACGCAGUCUCAAUGGAGGACCACUGUCGUUGGAAGUUCCACGGAUUUCCCGAGGGCAAUACCUAUUCAGGACGACUGCGCUAUCUGCAGAACUGCCGCGUCGUCAUUGUCACCCAUACACCCAGGUGGAUCCAACAUUGGACUCACCUUUACAAUGCUGACUGGAAUUCGCCAGACCAGAACAUUGUGUAUGUGGAUCCACCGAAACCAGAAGACCCUUCGGUUCCGGUCCACGGGGAAAAUGGGGCACAGUUCAAUGACAACACCUGGGCCCACCUGCCAAAGGCGAUGGACAGGCUAUUGGCGGAUGAUGCAAGAGCGAAACUGAUUGCGGACAAUCAGUGGAAUUUCUUCCGGGAAAGAUAUGUGUCUCCUGCAUCAGCAACCUGCUACUGGCGCAAACUCAUCAAGGGCUUUGCGACUACCCAGCGGUACCAGGUGGAUCUGUCAGGGGAUGAAACUACCUUUGAGACGUGGCUGUUGGGCGCCAAUCGCCUAAAACAAGACACUGGGUUCCACUGAUCUGCCGGUCCUGGGAAGCGCUUCAGUGGCAUGUGUAUCAUCUUCAAUGUGC